UAUUGCCAGUCAUUCCAUUUUGGGGUUCCUCCAGCUAUAGUAUUUCCCAUAUAUGCCUAAAGGCUAAAACCUUUCUCUCCCAUUAAACAGUAUGAACUGUCACUAAAGUACCUCUUCUACAGUGGGCAUCGAUCCUCUACGCGUACAAUCAAACGUUGUACGUUCAGCUUAGAAAGAUUGAUUCUUGAAUCCCCUUAGCUUUGACGACAAUUUGAGGUUGUGUUGUGUUGGUGUGUACGCACGCAUGAUGAGUUCUGAUCAAAGAAAAACAGCUAAUGCCAUCAGUGGCAAGACCGCUAGAGCCUGCGAUAGCUGUUUGUCGAAGAGGGCUCGUUGGUUUUGCGUCGCCGACGAUGCUUUUCUCUGCCAAUCUUGUGACGUUUCCGUUCACUCUGCUAACCUGCUGGCCAGUCGUCACCAAAGGGUUCGUCUCGGAACAUCCUCGUCUUCGACGGCGGCGGCAUCGUUGUUGUCCUCACCCAAAAUUGUUGACGACGACGACGAUGAUUCUCCCCCGGCUUGGCACCGCGGCUUCACCCGCAAGCCCAGAACUCCGCGGAACGCCAAACGUACGAAGAAGCAAAACUCCGGCGGCGUUGCGGUGGAGGAAAGCGUUAACCCCGUCCUCCCUUUUGUCCCCGAGAUGGGGAGCGACGACGACUACAACAACAACAACGAGAUCGACCUUUUUUGCCAAGUUCCGGUGUUGUUGGAUGACGACCUUAACGCCCUUUUGAACGACGGCGGCGGAGACGACCACAUGCGGGGUUUGGAGAUUCCGGAGUUCCUUUCCUCGGACGUGGAGUUGGCGGAGUUCGCUGCCGACGUAGAGACGUUGUUAGGAGACGAUGAUGUUGGGGAAGACAAAGCGACGGCGGCGGUGAAGAUUGAGAUUAAUGGGGGCGAUUGUACGGAGGCGUUGAAUUGGAGUUUUGGGGAAGAGCAGGAAGUUGAGCAGAAAGUGAUGAUGACGAUGUUGAGUGGAUUUGAUGAGUCGUCGUCGUCCAUGGAAAGUGGAAGCUGUAAAGAAGAAGUGGCGAAGAAGUCGAGGAUGCUUUUAAGUCUUAACUACGAGGAAGUUAUCAGUGCUUGGGCUAGCCAAGGUUGUCCCUGGACUGAUGGAACUCGACCCCAUUUCGACCCAAACCAUUGCUGGCCAGAUUUCAUGGGAGGAGAUCAUCAUCAUCAUCAUCCAUACGGGUCUGCAAUGAUGAUGAGACGAAGCGACGAAGGGAGAGAAGCACGGGUGAGUCGAUACAGGGAGAAGAGGAGGACGAGGUUGUUCUCAAAGAAAAUUCGGUACGAGGUGAGGAAAUUGAAUGCAGAGAAGAGGCCUCGUUUGAAAGGGCGGUUUGUGAAGAGGUCAUCAUUGUUUCAGCCACCGCCGCCCUUCCCCAACUACCUCCUCAAUCGACAUUUAUGAAUUGAUGAAGGUCGAAUUCAACAACUUUAUGAGAUAUAUAUUAAUUAAUGUUACAUAUAUGGAAUCUGGGAUAUUGCCAUAUUGGAUUACAAUCCACACUAAUUAAACCUAGGUUUUUUUCCCUAUGACUAAUCAUUCAGUCAUGGUGAUGCAAGAUAUAUAUAUUUAUAUAUAUGUGGGCAUAACUUAGGGGAGUUUGGCUCAUAACUUUUAUUCUCUGAUGUAUCUUCGGAUUCGUUUCCGAUUACUUUGUUUUGACUAUUUUUGUAAUAGCAAAAGUUUAUUGCCCGCUAUGCCAAAAGGGGUGUUGUAAAAUAUUAGUAAAAUUAACAUUUGAAGUGAUAUUUUCUGGUGUAAAUAUAUAUAGGGUUUUUUUUUUUGGUUUC